AUGACGAUUGAGGAUGGAUCCGAUUCAGGAACCUCUGUUCCAGCUCCGGUGGUGAUUGAUCACAAUCAUCCCCUGUAUCUUCAUCCUUCUGAUGCCCCUGGGUCCUUAUCAGUUGGUAUUCAGCUUAUAGGAAUGGAAAACUACACUUUGUGGGAUCGAGCAAUGAGAGUUGCGCUUCUAGGAAGAAAUAAGCUAGGUUUUAUUGAUGGCAUAAUCACUAGGGAUACUUUUGGACCAUCUUUAGGACAUCAGUGGGAUAGGUGUAAUGCGAUAGUAGUCUCAUGGCUUACUGGAAACGUGAGCAAAGAAUUGCUAAGUAGAAUUCUGUUUCGUUCUAAUGCACUCCUAGUUUGGAAGGAAUUGCAAGAGAGGUUCAAUAAAGUGAAUGGAUCACGUUUGUAUUCUCUUCACAAGGAGAUCUUUACUUUAACGCAAGGAACAUCGUCUGUGUCAGUGUACUAUUCAAGGUUGAAGGAUUUAUGUGAUGAAUAUGACUCAGUGAUGCCACCUCCUUCAUGUGACUAUGAGAAAUCAAAAGAUUUUGCAGUGCAUUUACAGUAUCAGCGCCUAUUACAGUUUUUAAUGGGACUGAAUGAAGGUUAUAGUCAGGCAAGGAGUCAAAUCUUAAUGAAAUCCAAAGUGAUUAAUGUGAAUCAAGUGUAUGCCUUGAUUGUUCAAGAUGAGAGCCAAAAGCUUGUGGCAAGAAGUAACUAUGUCACAACUGAAACACUGGAAUCAGCUGCAUUAUUCACAGCCAGAAAUAAUGUAUCUAAACAGAAGAGAAGUUGGGGUAUGGAAUGUGACUAUUGUAAUGGAAAGGGUCACACAAGAGAUGGAUGUUUCAAGCUGAUUCAUUGUGGCUACUGCAACAAGAAGGGUCAUCUUAAGGAAAACUGCUACAAGCUGAUUGGAUAUCAUGCAGGCUUUAAGUCCAAGGCCAGAGCUAAUGUGGUGGAUGGACAUUCUAUGCAACCUGAGACUAAUGCAACCAAUCAAGGAAACAUCAAUUCUACUAACACUGCUGCUCCAAUGAUCACACAGGAACAAUACAAUAUGUUGCUCAACAUGCUUAGCAAGGCUUCCACAUCUAAAACAAGUGCAAACUUAGCGGGUAAGUGUUUUCUUGUUAAAGAUAAUGCAAUAUAUUGGAUAGUGGACACAGGAGCUACGAAUCAUAUGACAGGAUAUAAAAGUUUGUUGUUGGAUGAUGGUAAAGUAGGAAGUGCUGGAAAUGUGCAAAUGCCCACAGGAGAGUCUGCUAAAGUGACCAAGAUAGGAAACAGUCCUUUGGAAGGAGGUGAUACCCUUAAGGAUGUAAUUUGUAUACUAAGUUUUAAGUUCAAUAUAUUGUCAAUGUCUAAAUUGACCAAGGAACUGAAUUGUUGUGCAAUGUUUUUUCCUGAACACUUCAUAUUUCAGGAUCUUUGCCCUGGGAAAGUGAAGGCGACUGGUAGUAGGGAAGAUGAUUUGUACAUUCUAAGGACACACCAUAAGAAAUCUAGAAUAAAUGGAGCAAAGGCUAUGACAGUGGAACAGAUGGAAGAACCUGAGAUUUGGCACAGGAGAUUAGGCCAUGUGCCCAUGGUAGUUAUUAGAAAGAUUUCUAGUUUUAGAAAUAAAGAUGUUUUUCAUCUACAACAUUGUGAUGUGUAUCCAUUGUCUAGACAAACAAGAUUGCUAUUCUCUGUUAACCUUUUGAUUUGA